AUGACAUCGGAGGAAAGACCAUCAGUGCAAUCACAUGAUGUUAACAACACACAACUUGUUAAAACAACAUCACACACAAACCAUCCUUCUGAAUGGUGUUGUAUGGGACCUCACCAUUUAUUAUUUGGUGAUACCAGAGCCAAUAACAAGUACGCAUCUUAUUUUGCAUGGAUGACUUCUGUUUUGUCUUGUUGUAUUUUAUUUCCUCCUUUAGCAACAUACUUUUUGUUGUAUCAACAUCCAAGAGAGAAGGUACGUUAUGGAUUGAGCGAAGCUAUGACUGGAUCAACAGGUGUGAUGGAUUUUUCAACAAGGAAUAAUGAAUCGGAAACAGGAGCACACAGAAAUAGAGUGCAGACAGAAACUGAAGAAUUAGAUACUAAUAGAUUAAUGUGGGUACUACUGAGCUUUAUGCUAACAGUACUUUGUUGGGUUCCAGCAAUUGUUUUCAAUUUGGUUCUAUAUUUUUGUUGUAUUUCACCUUUACAGCAAGAGAAAGAGGAAAUAGUUUGA